AUUCAUCGUUGCUAUUUAUAUUGCAUAAAUUCCAAUAUUGUUCUUAUACUGUGGACCAAUGAUGAGCAAGCUUUCUGCUACAAUUUUUACAGCCAAGCCGGUCUACAGGAGUCGACACCGGUUCAAGAUCACAGCCUUCAUAUCACGAUCUUUGAUUUGUUUGUGUAGAAUUAACCCCAUUUUUUCGAGUAUCGAUCUCUUUGUUUUUGACGGCGUGAAGAAGAGKUACAAGACCUUAUGGACGAAGUCAAGCGUUACGCUAUCUUUGUYGGCCAUACAUUUAAGGACGGCGUGAUGGAUGUCAUGGACCUCGUACAGCACGGCAGYUCUUGGCCUGUCAAAAUUUACUUCUUUCUCCUUCAUGUUCUGCUUCUGUCGCUUGUAUGCUACAUGUUUCUGUAUUCAAAGAAAGGCAAAUACUCAAAGAAUCUCCACAGAAAAGGUACGAGAACUUUCAAAAGAGGGAACAGGGCUGUGACUAGUGAGUCUUGUCAAUGGSUGAACUCAMYGAUCGCAUGGUUUUACAUUCAUUCUGGCRUCAAAAAUACACCCGAUUUAGUGAAAAUGUGGAUUCGUAACAUGAACAGGGCUUUGUACCAGAAACGAACGAAUAACCGAAGGAUAUUCAUAACCAAYAUUUGCCCUAAUUGUUUACCACCAAAGCUUACAAGUGUUUAUUGUCUGACUGUUGAUGGCACUAUGAAGUGCAUCACUUUCCAUGUUGAGUCAAGCGAUCUAGGAUUUCAUGUUCAUGUGAGCCAGCCAACAUCAAAUGGCAGAUCUAAGAAUGUUAUACUUGAAGUCAAUGUGCUGAAAUUGUCAGGGGAGGUUGCACUGCAGUUGAAYAAUUCUCCUUUUGAAGUAAAAAUAUCAUUUAUUGGAGAACCAGAAAUUCAGUUUUCAACCAGAGCAAUUACCAAGGAUGGAGUUGAUGCUGAGGCUGUGGAUGCUGUGGAAGAGAAACUUAAAGAAGUAAUCUGUAAAACUGUAACCACAGUUCCACUGACCGACAACAACAAACCUGACAAUGACACUCAGAAUAACGGYAGUUUAAAAGACAAGCUUGACUCUCCUAUCCUUCAGACAUGUGUAGGAGAAGAAGGCAAACUGCUGGUCAAAGUUAUCAAAGCYACUGGACUGUGUUCAAAAGAUCAAACAGCAAAGAUGAGUCCAUAUUGUAUCAUCACUACUGACCAGCCCUAUCAGCGAAAGAGAACUAGCCUAAUGAAGGAGACAGAAAGUCCAUUCUGGAACGAGUACUUUGCAUUUGAUAUUGGCUCCAAGACUAGAGAAAUUACAUUGAACAUCUUUGACUUUGAWAAAACACCAUCAGAUGCAAACUACCAUAUGGAUGACAAUGAAUUGAGCGCCGAAAAAGAUGAUUUUCUUGGUCAAGCUAUCGUACCCUUGGCUACCGUGAAUCGUAAUCAGACCUGUCGACUCAUCCUACCUAUCCUACCUAAGACUAACAAAUGUGACUAUGUCAAGGGAGAACUGAGUCUUGAGUUUACUUUUGAUAAAGAUGGUAAGGUUAUCGAUGGAGCUUUACCAUUGGUUGAUAUCACUGACAGCAGUGCUAAGCCUACAGCGGUGGAGCAUACAGUGUACGACGUUACAAUCGAUAAAACACAAGCCGUUCCUGCUGUGAAUGAAGAUCUACCUGAAAAAAGGACAUACGGCGCUGCAUAUGCAUACUCAUUAGAUAAAAGCUACAUGGAAACGAGUCUUGAUGAGCUUGCGCAGGAGAUUGAGGCGUAUGAGGCUGGGACUAGUCACGUUAGCGCCAGCGAAGAGAAGUCAGUGGAAAUUGUUAUGAAGGCAAAAGAAACCGACCAACGUGAACAUGACGACACAGAACUUAUGCUAGAGGUUGCUGCAUUGGAUGCAACGCUUUGUGAACCAUCUGGUCGCAAGAAAAGUCCAGUCGUGGCACCGACUCCGUCUACAGAGAAAGGCGAGGAUAAAGAGGACAACAAACCUCCGAAAGUCGACAAAGAGGAAGAGCAGCAGGUUGAACCCAAAGACGAACCUAGGGAAGAAGAAUCUAAAGAGGAAUCUAAAGAAGAACAAAAAGAAGAACAAAAAGAAGAAMCCAAAGAAGAGAAAUCUAAAUCCAAGACUAAGAAGUCAUUGUUCAAGCGACGACCCAAAAGCACCGUUGAUGGAGAUAAAAAGACUGGUAAAGAUGCUGAUACUAGUAGGCAYUCGUACCAUGCAGGCGAUCAACCUCUCGACGAAACGACAGAAACCAAGGAAAAUGAACCAAAACCUGAUGAAGAACUAGGCACAGAACUGAACCGCGAACCAAAAUCAAAGAUACGACGAUCAUUUAAUAUGAAAUUUAAACGAGGAAAAAAGGACAAAGACAAAGAAUCGUCUUCAUCAACGCAUGRAAUUGAUGCUCCAAAAGACGAACCGCACGACGAAAAGAAAGAGCAAGAGGAUGUUGAAGAAAGCCUUAAGUCAGAUCCACCAAAGUCUAGGUUUAAGUCAAGGUUUAGGAAGGACAAAGACAAAGAGUCCUCGUCAACAACACAGGAAACUGAUACUCCUAAAGAGGAGCCGAAUGAGGAAAAGAAAGAAGAGGAGGUCGCUGAAGAAAAUGUGAAAACGGACGUASCAAAGUCUAGGUUUAGGUCGAGGUUUAGGAAGGAUAAAGACAAACAGCCCUCGUCAAAAACAGAAGAAACUGAUACUCCUAAAGAGGAGCCGAAUGAGGAAAAGAAAGAAGAGGAGGCAGUCGAAGAAAACGCCAAAACGGACGCACCAAAGUCUAGAUUUAUGUCAAGGUUCAAAAGAGACAAAGAAUCAGCAGCCCAGGAAACGGAUACUCCUAAAGAGGAAGAACAGGAAGCUGACCUUAAAUCUGGUCCAUCAAAGUCUAGAUUUAGUGGGAGGUUCAAACGCAAAAAACAGCAGGAUAAGCAACAAGACGAGAAAAAAGAUGAAACUAAAGAUGAAGAAAAGGAAAAGGAUGAGAAAAAAGACGAGGAACCCAAACAAGAGGAGCCCAAAGAAGAGGUCGUUAAACCCAUAGAGGUGGAGCUCAAACAACAGGAACCUAAUCUUGAGGACAUUUUCAAAGUGGAGCCWAAACAAGAAGAAACAAAAGAUGAAGAACGUAAACCAGAGGAACCCAAGGAAGAUGAAACAAAAAAUGAACCAAAAGAAGAACCAAUAGAAGAGGAACCUCAAAAAGAGGAACCCAUUCGAGAGGAAACAAAGAAAGAGGAGCCUAAACAAAAGGAACACGAGAAGAAAGAACUAGAAACUGUUGAUGAGAACACCGAGUCAAGUCCAUCAGAAAAACCCGCUGACCAGCCUAAAUCUCGGUUUCGUAGGCUUAACCUGAAGCGCGGUAAUAAGCGCCCUGUUAGUAUGAGUGCUGCRGACAUUAAACCAGCAGAGUCAAUUGAAGAAGAAACGAAAGUAGAUCCUGUUACACACUCAUAUCACGCUGGGGAUCUACCUGAAACAUCACAGCUACAAAAAUCAACCAGCCAGUCGUCUUUGUUAAGUUAUUCGCCAAACCCCUUCUCGUCAUUAGUCAUCGAGGUCAGAGACAAGGGGGAAAAGAAGUACUAUCAUAUCCCAGUGUCGAUGGCAAAGCGAGGAACCUACGAACAGAAGGGAGAUAAAUACCAUGUUUAUAAUGACCAYAUGUUCAAAGCAGUCCAUUUUGACGAAUCUACGAAUUGUGCUGUAUGUGGUAAUUCUAUUUCAGGGAAAUUCGGCAAACAAGGUUAUCARUGUAAAGGCUGCAAGUUGGCGACUCACAAAAAGUGUCAUUUUCAGACGUCAGACAUGUGUUCUGAAAACGCAGCAAAAAAGAUUGAUAUUAAAACAGCGCCUACCAUUGUCGGGAAUUAAACCAAGAGAGGAACUUUCAGAACAUCUAAUAUAACGCUUCGAGUAUGGUUAAGUGAUCGUGUUUUCAUCUCAAGAUUGCCAUAAUUUGACAUUGCUAUGACAACGUUGCAACUGCUGAGUGUAGCUAUAGCAACCUUUGUAGUCAUGACUUUCGCUAACCGGAUAGUUGACAAAAACAUAAACAACUUGAUAUUCAACACUUCGUACGCGCGUCACUAUGUAGUAGAGACUUCCAAGAAUGCAUAAUUGUCAAUCGGAACCACCUCCCGCCCCAUUACGCUGGACUCUUGGUUUCUAUUUCACURAUGCCGUACUUUUUGUUUGUUUACAAUUGGAUUAGCAAUAUUAUGUACAUACAUAUUCGGUUGGGUUUGAUAAAAAAAGGUACAUUAGCCCAUAAAAACAGAAAGACUCUAUUAGUUAACCUCGUGAGAACAGUGAGGUAGCUUGUUACCGUUUCUUAUAGUCAGAUUCAUGGUUUACUUGUACUAUUUCUCCAUCCAAUGCGUCUCAUUUUAAUGAAAAAUCUCAUCAUUAAUUUGUAGAAUCUGUAAUAGUGUAAUAUACCUAAAUGUAAAAUAUUUUAGAUAUCGAUCCCCAAGUAUGYCCUUGGUCUGUGCUUUCGAUUUCGUUAGAAGAUCAAUAAAUAUACAAAAUUAGAAAAGUUAUUGUAGAGAACAGAAUCUAUUUAUUAAUACACCGUUGAAGUUAUUAUUUAUUUGGGGUGUAAAAUAACGAAAAACUAAAGUUAAGUGAGGGUYAAUGUAGAUAUGUAACUUGAAAAAGUGAUGUCAAACUUUAUGAAGAACGAAGAACWAUGAAUUGGUGUCUGUCUAAAUGUUGUUAAUAAAUCAUGGUAAAUUUA